AAGAAAAUGUUUUGCUUUUAGUUUUAGUAUUAAGAAAGGUUUAGAAGUAACUAAAAUAGAUUAAUAAAAGGCAGAGAGAGAGAGAGAGAGACAGAGACAGACAGAUUCUGAUUGCAGAAAUGCUAGAUAAACAAGAGUUUAAACCAUCUAGGUACUCCAGAUCAGAUCGCAGUUGUGUUUGUUUUCUCACACAGCUGAGACUGAGAGUUUUACCUCCAAAAUCAACAUUGAAGUUGAAUCAUUUGGCAAAUACCAAUAUCUUCAAGACGCAGUGAGCAGCUACAUUGGAUUCUCAACAGUACCUUCUUGUGCCAAGGGUUGAACUUGAUCAAAUCAGAGAAAUCAAAUGGAGGAGAACCCACCUCGAGUUUCACGUAAAAAUGGGACCCACUUAGAGGCUUCAAGAGUUGAACCAACCAGUAGUAGGAAGAGCCGGUACAGCGUCGUUGAAGAUGGUGCAGGGGGAGAUCAGAUCGAGUGCUCUGGCAAGCACUGCAAAGCAUGCACUGCUGGAUUGAUAGCUGACUGUGUAGCCCUCUGUUGUUGUCCAUGUGCGGUGGUGAACUUUCUUGCUCUUGCAUUUGUGAAAGUUCCGUGGAUGGUUGGGAGGAGAUUGUGGCUGGGGUUCAAGAAAAAGAAGAAGGGUCAGAGUCAAAGCAGGCUGGAAACGAAGAGGAAAUGCAGCAAGAGGAGUGAAAGUAGUGGAUGUGUGGUGGUGGAGAGAGAUAUUGGGAAUGUGAGAAGGAAGAGAGUUGAGGAAGAUAUAUUGCCUGAUAUUGCAUCUGGGUUUUGUGAAGAAGAGGGAAUGGAAAGCGGUAGUGCAAGGUUUGAAGCUGAGAGAGUUUGGCUAGAGUUGUAUCAGGUUGGUCAUUUGGGUUUUGGGAGGGUUUCCUUCACUGGAAUUCAAUCUCUGGGUAAGGGAAAUUAGGGAAGAAAAAGUUAGCAAACACAAUUGUUUUUACUAUUUAGUAGUCUUUGAUUUUUUUUUCUUCUAUAAGUAUUUACUAGUCUUGAAGUAUUAACUAUUAACCCUUAUGCUGUGGGGUAUAGAUAUAUAGGUCUCACUGAGGUUGGCUUAGUUUAAUUUGCUGAGCAAAAUGAGGUGCUUUUCUAUGAUUCUGCAAGG